CCCGACCACUCUGUUUAGUACGAUUUUAGUUUCUGUUUUCUUUUGUCCAAGGAACUAUAUUAUCUAGAACCAACCGAGAUCAGGCUCUGAGAGAUUUCCUCGCUAACGAACCUUAUGGAGUGAUUCGAAACGUCACGACCGCAAAGCAUUUUCCUUCUCAAAGAUGGCGUUUUUUGUGCUCUCCCGUGUUUCAAGACGGUUGUUGAAACCAUCCUUCUCGGCAACUCCAUCUCAACAACAUAUAUACUUGUCCAAACGUGUUACUACUACACAUUACAUCAACCCUUUGCCUACGUUAGAUCAUAACCACCAAGUACGGAGUAAAGGGAAGGAGAGCUUUCUUGGUACUGGCAAGAGUAAUAGAUCAGUUGGUGGAAUGUGGUCGUCGUCUUUGGUUCUGGAGAGGGGUCGUAAGGACAUGAGUGGUUUUGGUGGUGUUAAGGAAGAUUCUUCUUGGAUAGAUUUCUAUUUACCAGAAAGAGCUAGAGGUUACGCUAAGCUUGCUCGUUUUGAUAAACCUAUUGGCACUUGGUUGCUUGCUUGGCCUUGUAUGUGGUCAAUUGCGUUGGCUGCUGAUCCUGGGAGCCUUCCUAGUUUUAAAUUGAUGGGUUUAUUUGGUUGCGGUGCAAUACUUCUCAGAGGUGCUGGAUGUACUAUAAAUGAUCUGCUUGAUCAGGACAUUGAUACAAAGGUUGAUCGUACAAGAUUAAGACCUAUAGCAAGUGGUCUUUUGACACCGUUCCAAGGGCUUCAAUUUCUUGUGCUUCAGUUACUUUUAGGCUUAGGGAUUCUUCUCCAGCUUAACAAUUACAGCCGUGUGUUAGGGGCUUCAUCUUUGUUCCUUGUCUUCUCCUACCCACUUAUGAAGAGGUUUACAUUUUGGCCACAAGCAUUUUUAGGAUUGACAAUAAACUGGGGAGCAUUGUUAGGAUGGGCUGCAGUUAAAGGAAGCGUAGAGCCAGCUGUUGUACUCCCUCUUUAUCUCUCAGGAAUCUGCUGGACCCUUGUUUAUGAUACUAUUUAUGCACAUCAGGACAAAGAAGAUGAUGUGAAGCUUGGUGUGAAGUCGACGGCUCUUAGGUUCGGUGAUAAUACAAAGCUUUGGCUAACUGGAUUUGGCACAGCAUCCAUGGGGUUGCUUGCACUUUCUGGACUGAGUGCUGAUCUUGGGUGGCAAUACUACGCAUCACUGGUGGCUGCAUCAGGACAGUUAGGAUGGCAAAUAGGGACAGCUGACUUAUCAUCUCGCGCUGACUGCAGUAGAAAAUUUGUGUCAAACAAGUGGUUUGGUGCUAUUGUAUUUAGCGGAAUUGUACUUGGAAGAUCUUUUCAGUAGAGAUCUAUCUCUCUGCUGAUGAAUGCUCCAUGAAGCUGUUCUGACUGAGAUUACAGAGUAAACUCAAAGAAGCUAUUGUCAGAUAAGCUGAAACUUUUAACUCUUCUCUUCUGUUAAUAAGAACUGUUGUUUUCUUUGUUCAAAUUGCUGACAGAGCAACCUUCUAGACAGACUAGAGGCUUUUCUCUUUUGGAUUAUUAUAAAUAGUUAACAUAAGUAACAGUAUCAAUUACUUGUAAAUGACAAGAUUAAAUCCUAGUAAUAAUUUUACUUUAUUUUCAAUCUCAAAUUGCAAAAGAUUGAAUUGGUUAUGUGCUUCUGUAUCAUUGUAAAAAUAUACAUAAGAGCAUCUCCAAAAGAAACUCUAUAACUCCAAAUAUAGAGUUUUUU